AUGACCAAGAAAAUAUUAUGCAUGAAUCCAGGUCCUAUUGAGUUUGAGCCACGUGUGCUCCAAUCGUUUGCUAUGGAAGGCAUUUCUCACGUGGAUAAGACAGUCAUUGAGAUAUUUGGUCAAUGUCUUGAGAAAAUGCGCAAGGUUUUCAUGGCUUCUGAUGGACAACCACUUGUCGUAGCGGGUUCUGGAACACUUGGAUGGGAUAUGGUCGGCGCAAACCUCAUUAACAAGGACGACGACGUGCUUGUUAUUAAUACCGGUUAUUUUGGUGAUAAUUUUGCCCAGUGUUUACAACACUAUGGAGCCAAGAUUACUCAUCUUCGUGGCAAGAUUGGCGCACAACCUUCAGUUUUGGAAUUGGAAAAAGUGCUGGAAAGUGGUGUAAGUUUUAAAGCCGUGACGAUCACACAUGUCGAUACGUCUACGGGUGUACGUGCUCAUGUGAAGAAAUUUGCAGCUGCAAUUCGUCGUAUUCAACCGGAUACUGUCAUUGUGGUGGAUGGUGUGUGUGCCACGGGUGGCGAAGAAACUCGUAUGAAGCAGUGGGACCUCGAUGUGGUGCUUACGGGCUCGCAGAAAUGCAUUGGCGUGCCUGCUGGAUUGUGUCUCAUGGUUGUCCGUCCACGUGCGCUGCAGUUGUUUGAGAAGAACACAUCUACAGUCAAGUAUUAUGUGGACUGGCACAAUUGGUUACCGAUCAUGAAGAACUAUGAGGCUCGUCAACCAAGUUAUUUUGCCACCCCGGCAGUGAAUCAUUUGUUCGCCCUGAACGUAGCGCUGGAUAUUUUACUCGAGAAUGGAGGCAUGGAGCAGCGCUUUGAAGAGCAUAAACGCAUUGGUGACGCCAUCAAGGAAGCUAUAAAGACGCUGGGAUGCUCGCUUGUGACCGUUGAUGACAGUGGAGCAAACACGUUGACGUGCGUGCGCUACCCCACCGGUGUAGGUGCAGCUGACUUUUUGCCAAAAGUGGUAAAACGUGGUGUGUCACUUGCAGGUGGACUGCACAAAGCUAUCAAGACGGAAUACUUUCGUAUUGGCCACAUGGGCCCAAGUACGCGCCGUUUGGACCACAUUUUAAGGACAGUGGAAGCCAUUGAAGGUGCAUUCAUCGAGUGCGGUCACAAGGUGAUGCAACCUGGUAAAGCGGCCAAGAAUCUCAAGAAGAAACUCGAAGGAACUAUUCCUUUGCAUCCAGUGUGCGACUAUGCUUCGGUGUAUCACGGCUGCCCCGUCCCUCCAAAAUGUCAAGUCUAUUCAAUUGGCACGGUGAUUGUUGCAUUUGCUGCUGGAAUGUUGAUCUCACACUUGAAGCAUAGUAAUGCUUAG